UAUUAUUAUAAUUCUAUCGUCACUUUCAAGUUGUGUAAGUUUAUUGGUUUGGAUGUAUAAAAUGAUCUUCCGCCUUGCGAAUGUCGUUGAAGUUUGAUACGCAUUGUCAUCUACUAACACUGGAGUGUUUAUCAUAUCAGUUGAAACAGUUUGAAUCGCCGUUAUCAGUAAUAUUGUGUUCAUAUGAAUCAAAAUAGUGAAAAACAUGUUAUGUAGUGUGGGCAUUUAACAAAUUUAUAGACAAUUGUUUCACAAGUUAGUAAAGCGAAGUAAAAUAGAAAGGAUUUUCUCAUGUUUGAAAUGAAAGGAACGUGUAAUUAUUUAUAUAACUGAAGCUCUGCCUGUUGAAAUAAUCUCUCGUCAGGGAUUAUCUUACCAAAUUCAGCCAAGAUGAACUUCACUACUUUGAUGGUUGUGACUUUGAGUAUAUCAAUAUUGGUGUUGAAUGCGGAGCCAAACACAGCAGCAUCAACAGAGGAAAGCAUAACAAUAGUGUCACCAGAGUCGUCGACAACAGCAAUAACAACAACAGAAACUUCAGAAAUGUCGCCAACAACAACAAUAACAACAAUAGAAACAAUAGAAACAUCAAAAGAGUCGCCGACAACAACAACAAUAACAACAGCAUCCACAUCGACUGUUACACCUGAUUGUGGACCUCUUCACGAGAAAGCGAAUGGAACAUUUAAACUGAAUCCAGAAAAUACAACAACUAUAGGGUCUAAUGCUACGUUGGAGUGUCACGUUGGAUUUAUUACGGACACACCAACAGUAAACUGUACGGCCACUGGUUGGGAAAAUGCAACCUGCAGACUUAGAGAUUGUAACAGUCCGCCAACUUUCGAACAUGGAACUUUUAAACUUGACAUUUUAAACAACACAAAAUUUGGGGCGACAGCAAAAACCACGUGCGAUCUUGGUUACGAUGCGGCAAAUGGGACCAUUUAUUGCCUGGAAAAAGGUCAAUGGACAAAUGAUAGUUGUGUCAUAAAAGAUGAGAUACUGCUUGAGUAUCGAGCAAAACGUGCUCAGAAUAGCACAACAGAACCGGCUAUCGUUUGCAGCAAACCCGAAAUAUCACAUGGCUCUGUUACUGGUAACGCCACCACGGAAUUUAAUUUGACUGAGGCGGUUUCUUGCAACACUGGGUAUAACUUAAGCGGUGAUGGAACUAUCAUCUGCCAAGCAAACAAAAAUUGGACUACGAUUCCAACGUGUAUGAUCAAAGUUUGCAACAAACCCACAAUUUCACAUGGCUCUGUUUCUGGUAACGCCACCACAGAAUUUAAUUCGACUGAGACAGUUUCUUGCAACACUGGGUAUAACUUAAGCGGUGAUGGAACUAUCAUCUGCCAAGCAAACAAAACUUGGACGUCGGUUCCAACGUGUGUGAUCAAAGUUUGCAACACACCCACAAUUUCACAUGGCUCUGUUUCUGGUAACGCCACCACAGAAUUUAAUUCGACUGAGACAGUUUCUUGCAACACUGGGUAUAACUUAAGCGGUGAUGGAACUAUCAUCUGCCAAGCAAACAAAACUUGGACGUCGGUUCCAACGUGUGUGAUCAAAGUUUGCAACACACCCACAAUUUCACAUGGCUCUGUUUCUGGUAACGCCACCACAGAAUUUAAUUCGACUGAGACAGUUUCUUGCAACACUGGGUAUAACUUAAGCGGUGAUGGAACUAUCAUCUGCCAAGCAAACAAAACUUGGACGUCGGUUCCAACGUGUGUGAUCAAAGUUUGCAACACACCCACAAUUUCACAUGGCUCUGUUUCUGGUAACGCCACCACAGAAUUUAAUUCGACUGAGACAGUUUCUUGCAACACUGGGUAUAACUUAAGCGGUGAUGGAACUAUCAUCUGCCAAGCAAACAAAACUUGGACGUCGGUUCCAACGUGUGUGAUCAAAGUUUGCAACACACCCACAAUUUCACAUGGCUCUGUUUCUGGUAACGCCACCACAGAAUUUAAUUCGACUGAGACAGUUUCUUGCAACACUGGGUAUAACUUAAGCGGUGAUGGAACUAUCAUCUGCCAAGCAAACAAAACUUGGACGUCGGUUCCAACGUGUGUGAUCAAAGUUUGCAACACACCUACAAUUUCACAUGGCUCUGUUUCUGGUAACGCCACCACAGAAUUUAAUUCGACUGAGACAGUUUCUUGCAACACUGGGUAUAACUUAAGCGGUAAUGGAACUAUCACCUGCCAAGCAAACAAAACUUGGACUACGGUUCCAACGUGUGUGAUUAAAGAAAUACAGUUUAAUGAAUCAUGCACACCAAUUGAUGGGGACAAUCCAUGCAUCACUGAUCAUGCAGUAUGCAGGGAAGAGGCGGAUAGGGGCAACAGGUGCCUAUGCAAUAAGACAUUUCCUUAUUUUUACAACGACGCUUGUAUUGCGGGUCUAAAUAUAAGCCUUACAGACUUAAAAUGCCAUGUAAGUGAAAAUCCAGAAGAUGGACCUGUUCCUGAUUUAAUACAGAUAACUUGUUCUGCUUCUUCGAUCGACGAAGAUAUAUUCGAUGGCUAUAAAGUGCGCAUCGAUAACAGUGCAAGGGAAUGGAAUUUCACCAGAGCGAACAAUUUUAUCUAUACAUUAGAUAAUUUAAAAUCAGGAGAAAUAUACCAAAUAGACAUUUUUGCCACAAAAGACUCUAUUCCAAGCAUAAAUAAGAAAACUUUUCACGGUGUAACAAGACCCGUCAUGGAAGCAAAUUGGAGUUUAUGUGCUAUUACUAUCAGUUCGUUUUCUUUCCAAAACAAUGACACAAUUGUCGAUCCAUUUAAAACGUUUAGUGUUGAAAUUAAUACAACGGAUGCUAAGUUUUCAGCAAACUGUUUAUCAAAAACCACAGACAAAGCAACAUGUUCGAUACUUCGAAAUGAGUCCCAUUUUAACAUUUUGGAACUCAAUUCAGGCAGUUCUUAUGAGAUACAAAUAUUUGCUCAAAUUAAGUUCAACACAAAAGAUAUAAGAAGCAAUGGCUUCCAGCGCUUCGUCAUAUACACAGUUCCUGAACUGCCUGCUGAUAUUGAAAUUCCUCUUGGUAGUAUUACCCAUGACAGCUUUAACGUUUCCUUCGAAAAUAACAGCAACAAAAGAUUCUCUUAUUGGAGUGUGUCUGUGACCAACUUUAAAACAGGGGAAUGGGUAGCUGAAGACACUCGUCACUCUGAUGUAAAAUCAAUGCAGAUAUCAACAAAUAUCACUUCUUCAACGUUUUACCUGGUUCAGGUCCAGACACAUGUUCCAAUGCAAUCCAGCGAUAUGUUCAACAAAACAUUUAAUACAAGACCUCGACAAUCAAGCAGUGGUCACCUGAUGAAGGCAAAUGUGACAGAAAGUGAGAUCAUGCUAUUCAUACUGGAAGAUGAAGAAGAGCGUUUUGAUUAUUAUUCUUUGAUAAUUAACAGUUCAGAUGCAGCGCGUGUUACCCUCGAUGGCCCUUCAAAUGUUUCUUGUGAGCAAAGCGGAGAUAACUGCACCUUCCAACGAACCUUAAAUUUCUCAACGAAAAUAACAAUAAAAAACCUAACGUCCGGAACAUUUUACCCAUUACAUCUUUAUUCUAGAUUUAAUGGAUUACCAAGCCUUGAAUCACAAGAUUUGUCCUCGUACACAGUGCCUGUCCUACCAGAUUUCUUUGUCGAAAAUAUUUCAUCGAUUGGUUUUGUUGUGGGUCUUAACGAGAUGCCAACACACUUUCUCUGGUGGAAUAUAAUCGGUGUUAACGGAACUUCCUUCAAAGUACCGCGAUCUAACCUUUCUUACAGGUUUGAAAACCUUCUUUCGGGUUACCAAUAUGAUCUCGACAUAUUCACUGAAGUAGAUGGUUUCAUUUCAAGCGAGAAUUAUUCAGAAACCAUCUUCACUUUGCCUUCAACACCUUCGUUCCUUCAAUUUCCGGUGGAAUAUAUAAAAGAGAUGAGCUUCAAAGUUAAGGUCACGGUGCCAGAUCAGCGAUUCUACAAUUUGAGUAUUACUGUCUGUGGGGUUUCAAAUUUGACAUGCAUAACCAAUGCUGUUACCAACACAUAUUGUAAUGCUGACUUAAAUGUAACGAAGCUUUUAUCUGUUGAGAAUUUAUCAGCAGCAACAAAUUACAGCAUUACUGCUAAAACCGCUUUGACCAGCGACGUAGGAAGCAUGGCAUCAUCGAUAUAUUACAUGCAUACAGCUCCCCAUCCUCCAAGUGUUGAUUUGAAAUCUGUAGAGGAAACUAGGAUUGAGUUAAAUGUGACUGGAAACAGUGAUCUAGCAUUUGACAAGUACUGCAUAAAAUUGAAUUCAUCGAGUUGCUAUGAGAUUGAUCUUGACACGCCUGGAAUCAUUAUUGUUUCUAACCUACAUGCUGGUCAAAAUUAUUCCCUGAAAGUUUAUACAGUUUGGAAUGAAAUUGAAAGUGAAGGGUUUAAAGAAAUCAAGACAUUUACUAAGCCUAAUCCAGUGGAGGUGGAUAAAAUAGGCAUUCAUGCGGUAACCAACUCAACUCUCACUGUUGUCUGGGAGAAACCGAUAGCACACACGGAUGGAUACGAAAUACGAUGGAACUGUGAAAGCCCAAAUAUUGGCACAAGUAUCGUUAAAGAUCAGACUCAAAUUACCCAGUUGCUAUCAGCUACUGCUUCAAAUCUUGAUCCAGGGACAUUUUGCAAUGUUACGAUAACGGCAUAUAUAACAAACUAUGAUAACGCUACUCUUCAAGCAACAAGUGUUUUUAAAGAGAUUUCUAGCAGCACAUUUGAAGAAGCUCCUGGAAUCCCAGAGACCCUAGAAAACACAGAUUUGACCUCAACGACAACUAAAAUUGAGUUGCAAGAGCCGACGGAAAGAAAUGGUAUUCUUAGAAGAUAUGAUAUUUGGGUCAUGAAACAACAAAAUGAAACAACCACAUGUGAGCAAUGGAUGACGUACGAGUGUAAGGAUUGUGAAGGAUCUUCGCCAAAUGUUUCAGAUUCGGUUCCAGACACGUGUACCAAUUUUUAUUAUGAGAUGUUUUCUAAAGCAAACACGACUUUCUCUUGGAACAUCGAGCAGCUUCACCCGUUCCGAGAUUACUCAGCGCAUGUUGUUAUUUACACGACUAAACCAGGGAGUGUUUCGACAAUUACGUUUGAGACACUUGAAGACGUUCCCGGUAAGCCAGUCGAACUCAAUGCAAGCACGACCCACGACUCGUUCACGCUUCAAUGGAAUCCUCCUGAGGAACGCAAUGGCAAAGUGAUAAAUUACACUGUUAAGGCUACUUACUAUGAACACGAUUGCGGAGGUUUUGGCGCUCUGCAAAGGCAUAGUUAUGGUGUCGAAUUAGAUCCGGUAACAAAGUUCAGUCAGAACGAUCUGUAUCCAUUUUGGCAAUACAAUCUUACAGUAGAAGCAACUAACGCAAUUGCCACAGGAAAACCGUCUGAUAUAAUAUCAGUUAUGACAAAGGAAACGAACUCCGGAUCAGUGCAACAACUUCGGUACCAAGAUGUUUCUUCAAAAAGUGUCGGCUUGUCAUGGACGGAGCCUUGUUUUGGAAAUGGAAUAAUUACAGGCUAUUCAGUUAACAUUAAACAGUGGUUAUCACACGGACAAGAAGAAAAUUCGUAUUCUAAAACGUACGAAAUAGAUGUAGCCAACGAGUCAAUGUCCAUAUAUGAUUUACUCCCAUACAGAAACUAUAAGGUUGAAGUAUAUGCAUUAAACAGCGCAGGUGAUGGCGAAUCAUCGAAUGUUUCGUUCAGGACGAAAAUUGACUAUCCAGACAAACCAACCAACGUUUCCACAAGAGAUAAAACCUCGUCAUCUCUCCUGAUUGAAUGGAAGAAGGCUGCCGAUUUUAAUGGUCCAACUAAAUAUAUGGUUCAUAUAAACGAUUCAGUUAAUAGUACCAUCAGUAUUGAGACAUGCACAACUGAUGUUGCUAAUUGGACUGACAAGCUGGCGACCGAAUGCAAUGUGCAUGGACUGGACGCCUACUGGGAAUACGAUAUCGUUGUUGACGCCAUUACGUUUGAUGAAGGUUAUGGUGAAUUAAUAAAAAGCUCAGAAAAGCAAACAUUUCGAACUGCCGAGGCAGUUCCUGGACCUGUAGCGCAUUUCGAUGUAAAACCGGAAGAGGACGUGUUGGAGGAAAGGAACUUUCGUAUUGACUGGACUGAGCCUGCAGAACGGGAUUUAAACGGCGUCAUAACAGGAUUUGUUAUUCACUAUCAAAGUGAAAAGAUAGAGGUAACUGUUGGUCCAAACACAAGGAGCAAGACGGUAUUACACGAUGUAAUUGGUAGCUACAAUGUGUCGAUACAAGCUCGUACAAGUGUAGGGCCUGGUGCACCUGUCCAUAAAGAGAUUACUGUGAAUCCUGGAGCUCCGAUAAAGGUUGACGAAAGCAAGAAUCCAUUGAUGCUAAAGGCGUCCGUGUCUGUUGACAAUGAUGAGAAGCAGAUAGCAGUAGCUCUUCCACUUGCACAGUUUCUCUGCAAUAGCAGUAACGGACCACCAACUAUGUGGGGCAUUGUAGUUGCAGAAGCCGAUGAGGCAGCUAGAGAUACACAAUUUGCUGGUAAAAAGGACGACUUUCAAAAGAAGAUCCAUGACACGUACAAGAACUGGUUUCAAGUAGACGGCUUAAACAAUAUUCCUCCAUAUAUUGUAACAAAGCUAAAUUGGAAGCCACCAUGCACAAACGGAAAUCGGCGUAAGCGUUCUGCAACAGAUGGUUCGAACAUAUUUGUUAUUGGAAAUGAAGCAUGCCAUGGUUCUUCUACUUUGAACGAAUAUUGCAAUGGGCCUUUACCCGAUGGACGCUCUUUCAAAGUAAAAUCCUUUGUUUGUACGGACUACGGCUGCAGUGAAUCCGUAUACUCACAACCGAUAGAAACAGCACCUAAUAUGACUGCGGCGUUUGUGGGCGGAACGGUGUCAGGUGUCGUUGUGCUGGUCCUAGUUAUAACAGUUAUCUUCUUUAUGAGACGGAGACAGGCAGCGUGUUUCAGAAAGGACACAGAAAGCAUUACACAUACUUCCAGUGAACAAUUCGGUGAAAUGGGAAAAUUGCAAACAAAGGAAAAACCGGUUGCUGUUUACAAACCUGGUCCAGUUAAACUAACUAAUUUUCCAGACUUUGUGGAGAAAAUGCACAAAGACAGUGAUCUUCUCUUUGCUGAUGCUUACAAGGCUAUCAAGGAAAAGAGCCCUAAACAUCCUUGUACAACUGCUGAAUCUCAGAACUGCAGAGCGAAAAAUCGAUAUACCAACAUUCUGUCAUUUGACCACUCUCGAGUAAAACUUCGGCCGUCCGACGAUGUUGACGGAUCCGACUUUAUAAAUGCAAACUACAUACCGGGCUACACAUCCCCACGCGAGUAUAUUGCCACCCAGGGUCCGAUGCAGGCGACAUUUGACGAUUUCUGGCGAAUGGUGUGGGAGCAAAAUGUUGACACGAUUGUUAUGCUGACGAAACUCGUGGAAAAAGGAAGGAUCAAGUGUGAUAAGUACUGGCCGGAUGUAAACGAACCAGUUUAUUACGGGGACCUGGUUGUCUCCAUAACGUCAGAGUCCAACCUCUCAGACUACACACUUAGAAUCUUCGAAAUCAAAAUGAAGGGUGAACAGCGUUCUGUUCGUCAGUUUGCUUACCUGAAGUGGCCAGAUAUGGGCUGCCCUGAGGAUCCGGAAAUGCUCCUGGAGUUUGUGAAGUCGGUAAAGGAGCACAACAAGCGUCCACCCGGUGUUCAGAAUGCUGGGCCUAUGAUUGUGCACUGCAGCGCUGGUGUGGGUCGGACGGGGACGUUUAUCGUGGUGGACCACGUACUGCAGCACAUCCGUGAUCAUGACGAAGUGGACGUAUACAAACUCGUGCUUGAUAUGCGGAACCAUCGAUGCAACAUGGUCCAAACUGAGGACCAGUUCAUUUAUAUCCAUGAGUGUCUAAAGGCGUUUAUAACCACGGACGAGGAUGAAGAAGAGGAGGAGCCGGAAGAUGAACACCUAUACGAAAAUACACGAAUGGGGGAAGACAAUAUCUACGAAAACACGGCAUAUCAGAACGAUUCAUUAUAAUUACAUUUGGCUUGUUCGGCAGCAUAAGCUGAGAUAAUGUCAAAACUUGAAAACAGUAAUGAGAACAUGUUCGAAUUUGACACAUCAACUAUCCAUUCUACAUUGAUAUAUCGGCUUACAAUUUGAUAUAUUUUGACAUUUGAAAUGCAUUUGUUUCGUUUGUAUUAACAUACUGUUAUGGAUCAACUUUUCUACGAGAUGUAUUAAGCAUUGUUAAACUGUGUUAUGCUUCUUUCCUUAUAUGACAUUCAUUUGAUAAAAACAACACAUUCCAUGAAAAUAUUACUAUGUACAUUUAUUUCUUAACGACUUAUUAUUUUAUUCUUUCUUUAUGUAUGAUCGUAUGUGAUGUGUCAUUAAUGAACCGUGUCGAUGUUAGCUAAGUUAUACGAUGUUGACCACGCCUUGUUCAUGUAAGGUUAAGGAAAAGGGAGCGUGUGACCUCAAGAAGCAUACAAGUCAACUCGAUGAUUGUUUAUUUGAAAACAAUCAGUUCAAUAUAUGAUUUUUUUCAAAACGUUAACAUGCAUUUUUUUCUUCUAAAAGAUAGCAUUAAUUUGCAAAUAAGAAGAAAACCAGUUCGACUGUAUAUUUUAUUUCAUCCUGUAAAAAUGUAUUCGAGUUUACUCUUCCGUUUUUUACGAAGGGGCUGAUAUAAUUGCUCCAAAUUAAUCAAGACUAAAAGUAUGAAAGACUCUGUGUGCGGUUUGUCUUAUACACAAACAAUGCAAAGCGGAAUGGUAUUUAUUCAGCAUUCAUCUAUCAACUUUGUCAUGUAAAUUGUGACUUUUUUUACAUCAUGAAAACGCGUACAUGUUUUAUUUUUCCGAAAUAAGAUCCAUCAUUGUAAUGUUCUAUUACCAUUUGUCUUGUUUUAUUGUAUGAGUUCUGUGUGUUUAUUAAUGACAAUAUUAUUUUUUCUAUAGUUUACGCAGAUAAAAUUCAUUUCUGUUUUGCUUUGUUCUGGUCAUACUGUAAAUGCCUCUUUAUGUGAUUCAUUGAUAUCUAAUUUAAUUCGAAUUUAUUGUCGCUAUAUAUAAUGAUAAUGAAAUAUACUCUAACCUAUGCAUAAUAAAUGGAUUAAACAG